AUGCCGCUCCAGUCGCCUCGAGCACCAAAUUCCCAGGACCAGGUUCCGCAACGCGAAACUGGGAUAUGUCGACAUUCUCCGAGCGCGGCUCUGAAUUUAGGACACCCGCACGAGUCGUUCUUCUUCGGCACCUUCUGGGUCAGCAUCGCGCUCAUCCUCUACUCUAUUCAGGAAUAUGGCGUCCCCUCAAGUGGGCCCUGGCUCGUGAAAGCGCUGGAAGUGCUCUUCUGGAUGUACGCUGCCUGCGUGCUGCUUGUCGCCGUCUUUCAAUACCACGUCAUCUUCGACGAGGAGAAGCUGCCUGUGGUGGACGCGAUGCCCGCAUGGAUUCUUCCCAUGUACCCACUCCUCGUGCUCGGGCCGCUAGCUGCUGUGUUGGAGUACAACCAGCCAAGGACUGCAUACACCGCGAAUACGCUUGUUGCGCUGGGUAUCCAAGCUCCCAAAGUCAUUCCCGCUGACUAUCUCGGCAUAACCUCCGUCCCCACUGGAGACCUCUGGAAAGGCAUUGGUGUCCCCGCCGGCAUCUUCAUCUGGCUCCUCGCCUUCUGGUUCUUCGCGCUAUCCACUGUUAGCGUGCUCUUUACUCUACCGCACCUGCAUUUCACGAUGAACUGGUGGGCCUUCAUCUUCCCGAAUGUCGGAAGCAAGGGCAUAAAAGGCAUUUGCUCGGCUCUGACGAUUUUACUAGUGGCUAUGUGGAUCUUCGUGGCGCUGAUGAAUGUUCGAGCGGUGUGGAGGGGCGACAUCCUCUGGCCCGGCAUGGAUGAGGAUAUGGAAGACGUUGAAGGACACGGGCAUGAUGUGGAGGACGAGGAGCUACGGGAGACAGAAAGGAGCGGACGGGGUAAUCGCACUCCAAGAGAAGAUGUGACGUGGGUUUGA